AUGGCCAAGGCCACGCCUUUCUCCUCCACCAAACUCACUGAAAUCCUCGGCCUCUUCAACAUCACAUGGGGUUCACUGGAAGCCAAAGCCAUCCAGCAAACAUUGGAAGAGUGUGAAGAAAAGCCUAUUGAGGGAGAGAUAAAGCAUUGUGUCACAUCAUUGGAAGCCAUGGUGGAUUUUGUCAAGGCUGAGAUAGGCAACAGAGAUGUGAAUGUCAUUGAGACGACUGUGAAAGGUGGUGUUCACCAAUUAGUGGUACCGAAGCAGGAAGCAAAAGCAUUGGUGUCUUGUCAUCCUGAGUCAUACCCGAAAGCAGUAUAUUAUUGCCACAAAAUAACAAAUGUUGAAGCAUAUAAGGUGCAUCUCUUGGGAUCAAAUGGAGUGGUGGUGGAUACUGCAGCAAUAUGCCAUAUUGACACAUCAGCAUGGUCACCACAUUAUCUAGGGUUCAAAAUUUUGAAGGUGAAGCCAGGGACUGAACCCAUUUGCCAUUUUCUUCCUCGAGGCCACCUUAUAUUUGCUGGCAAAUAA